AUGACCGAUACAGAACCCCUCUACCUCUACAAACUCGUCCCAUCCUCCACUCCUGUCCGCGAACCGCUCCUCGAAAGACUCGAGGUCAGCGAAAUUGACCAGAAAUCCGGUUUCAUCCAUUUAUCGACGGCCUUUCAAGUACCGGGUACUCUCAAUACCUUCUUCCAUGAUGAGCCGCUGGUUUAUGUUUUGCGAAUUCCAUAUGGGUCUGUAGAGCAGGAUGUCCGGUGGGAGUCUCCGGAGGGUAAGGUUGCUCCUCGGCCUGGUGAGGGUAUGUUUCCGCAUCUCUAUAAUGGGCUCAAGCUUGGCAGAGAUGAGGUGGAAAGUGUUGCGAUUUGGACGAACCAAGGCGGGUGGGAGACAGCGCUUACGCAAGCUAGGCCAUGGUUGUUAUACUAA